UUCUCCUAUCUUGUCCUGCCCCGGCGGCUGUGCAGCUGUGUGCCCGCCUCGUCUUCGUCCUGCUCCUUCCACUCCCACCCCGAGUCCCAGCCAUCCGCCCGUCCAUGGCGGCAACGGCCCUGCCCCUCCCCAGCCCCUCGGCGGGGGCGCUCACGGCCAGGCAGCGCCGCCACCACCGGUCGCCGCAGCCGCAGCUCCAGCUCCAGCGCGGCUCCCUCCUCGCCUGCCGGGCCCUCCGGCCGCCCCUGCCGCGCCGGCGGCUCGCGGUCUCCGCCGUGCAAGAGACGAAGGAGGGCGAGGCCAAGACGGCCGAGGAGAUCACCGAGAAGUACGGGCUCGAGUUCGGCCUCUGGAAAGUGUUCAGCUCCAAGGAGGAGGAGGGAGGCGAGGGGAAGAAGAAGAAGUCGCGGACGGACCAGGCCAAGGAGCUCCUGGCUAAGUACGGCGGCGCGUACCUGGCCACCUCCAUCUCGCUCUCGCUCGUCUCCUUCGCCCUCUGCUACCUCCUCAUAAGCGCCGGCGUCGACGUGCAGGACCUGCUCGCCAAGGUCGGCAUCGCGACGGGCGAGACCGGAGGGAAGGUGGGGACCUUCGCGCUGGCCUACGCCGCGCACAAGGCCGCGUCGCCGAUCAGGUUCCCGCCCACGGUGGCCCUGACGCCGGUGGUCGCCAGCUGGAUUGGCAAGAUCAGGAAGGGCGGCGGCGACUGAUGAGGCGCCACCGGUGAAGUAAAACGGGCCACUUCGUUUCGAUAUUUUCCAGAUACUGGGGCCCUAAGUGGACUGCCAACUCCUCCAAUGAAGCCAGGACUGGUCAUAACCAAUUCGAGUGACUCAGCAGUAUUACUUUCUCCAUAGGGUGCUUUUCUUUUUAGCUGCACACAAAAUGAGGAAAUGUAUUAGUAAUAACUGACACUGGAUAUAGUCAUAAGCGGUAACCAGCAAGACUUGCUAAAACCUGACAAAACUUCAAGAAAUAGAUAAAUGCACGAUGAACA